AUGGCAACUAAAAGAACUGAAACAGCAUUAGAAAUCAGAGAACUGGUUAUUAAAUUGAAAAAUGAGGCAAAAUCACUCAAUCAAAUAAGUCAAAUUAUUGGUAGAAGUAGAGCUACAGUGCAAGGAAUAAUUAGGAAAUAUAAUUUGACAAAAACUACGGAAAACUUGCCUCGUACUGGUAGAUCACCAAAAUUGAACGGUAGAGAUAAAAGAGAAAUCAUUCGAACAAUUCGUAAUAAUCCGAAAACUACUGCAGUAAACAUAGCCAAACAUCUUGAAAAGGUUAAAGAAACUGAUGUAAAUCCAGAAUGUGUUAGAAGGCCCUUGAGAGAAGAAGGAUAUAAUAGCAGAAUUCCUCGUAAAAAACCCCUCAUUAGUAAAGUCAAUAGAGACAAAAGAUUAGCAUUUGCGCAUCUUCAUGAAAACGAUAAUUUUGAUUACUAG